AACAACAUUCUUCAACAACUUCCUGAUAUCUGGAUGGUCAAUCCCAGGGGCAGAGUCAAGAUUUCUACACCGGGUGGGCCGAAAAUAAUUAAAUGUAAAUAAAAAUAUUAUUUUCAAAGUAUACAACGUUCUUUGAAAUCAUUGAAAAAUAACACAAAGUAGCAUCUAAACUAAAUGUUUUGCUACCUUUCUUUCAAUAUAGUCUAAAAAUCAUUGAAAUCAAUCAAAUAAAACAAAAUGUGAGGUAGUGGUGAAAUGAACAUGGGUGCUUCACACUAAAGUCGUAGGGGCCCGGACUAGUUCGGGUGGGCAGGGGGCACCCUACCAUUCAAGUAGCUCCGCCCCUGGUCAAUCCUACUUGAGUUAGAAACAUAUGUGUUGAGGACAGUUUAUGGUUAGAUAUGUCGGAAGAGAUAUGAUACUUAGAAUCAUUAACGUUCAAACGGAGGUCAACUAUGGUAUACGUGUGAUUUAUUCUACUACCAGUCACUGGACCAAAACAAAGUUGUAAUAAUUAUCAACUUCCUAACUGGCCACAUUUUUUUCUCUCUCCUUGAUUAGCAGAUUAAUGAUCCAAUAAAAUGAAGACAAUAGUAUUACAAAGCUUCCCACAUCACAAAACGUUCAUUAACUUUGAAGACUAGAAUCUCAUAGCAAGUGCAAGUUGACCUAGCGAGCUAGAUUGCUCGCGAAAAUCAGUACAUCUGUAUUACAAAUUUUGAGUAAUCGGUGGGAGAACGAGAACAUAGAUUCAGGGUCGAACAACUCGACUGAGAUUCCAUUCCAUCCCAGCACCUUUUGUCGGAAGAACAGAUUCCAUCCAUCCCACCUAUAUUUUACUAAAAAACAAAGGAUUUACGAAUAUAAUAAUUUUCCAUUACGUUCUUCCUUUUUCUUUUGUGGUCAAACAAUGAAACAAAAUGAAAAGUCAUACCCUGACUUGUAUCCCUCCCCGCAUAAUAAUUCCUUGACCACCAUUUUUUUAAUAAAUUGACCUCAAUUCUUGCCAAAAGGGUAGUUCUUUUUAAUAAUAAAAAGGGUAAUUAUUUUAUUAUUUCAUUUUGUUGAUGAUCGAGGAGUUUUUCUGUUCCACUUAGGACUUAGAGAAACAAAUCAAAAUGAAAAAAAAAAGGUCCCAGAGAGGUGGAGGCCCUUUUCAGAGGUUUGAUUUGGUCUUUAGAGCAUGUGGGUGGCUGGAGCUUUGGGACAAGAAGCCCAACAAUGCUUUGGUCUUCUAAUAAGAUCUUGUUAAAGCAAAUGGAAUCGUUGAAGCCUUCGAGAGGGCCAAAUUAUUGGACUCUGAUGGUUUGUUUUACUUUGUAAUUCUAAUUAGGGUUGAAUUCCUUCCUCCCCUUUCGUUUUGUCAACAGUCGUCAUUGCGGGAUCUGUUCCCCACGUACGUUAGAGUUGGAGGUUUAGGUUUGUUUGCAAUCUGGUUUAGGGUUUUUGCCUUGUUUUAAAAUGAGCGGAAGGGUAUUUCAAUGGAAUGUUGAUGAAAGCAUGUAUCUGAAGCCAUGAGUUCAUGCAAAUGAAUUCAAAUUCGAAUGAACUGAUCGAGCGAUAGACAACAACCCAAUCAUCCUACUUUUUAAAAGGUCUCAAAUUGAUUGAAAGUUGAAACAUGGACUUGCCCGUCGAUCCCAUCGAGCAGCCUAAAGAUACAUUCAUGUGGGUAAUCGAUGGGUUAGGUAGAUUUCAUCCACCCAGCUGGGCCUACCUGCAUAGAUGCAUGCGGGUUGCACGUAAAGCGACUCACCAUAUUCGAUCCACAUUUUAGAAAUUGAUGGUAUUUGAUGGCUUGAUCGGUCAAAAGGACGAGUUGGCAGGUGAUACUGAUCAAACGCAUUAUCGAUUCUAAAAAAACCAAAAUCUAAGUUACCAACAUUUUAAAACUCAUGCAUCAAUCAGGUACCACCAACCUCAAGAACAAAGUGAAAUAUAGUGUUUGUUGUAUCCAUUCUUACAUUGUUAAAGUCAUAAACAUAUACAUACGCCAUUGAAUGAAGCAACAAGAAUUCAAACAUAAUUCAAACAUCUAUUAACACAAUCGAAAGCCUAAGUUUAAUAUGCUUUUUAUCCUCUAAUUUCUAGUAAAGGAGUAAAUAAUCCAAUGGAAUGCAAGUUGUAAAAUUACCAUUACUCGUUAAUCCACCAUAAUCUAAUGAAAUCUAGAUGAGUAUAAACAAUGUUAAUCCUAAUCAAACCCACAUUUCCUGGACCUUUGAGCAGGUAGAUCGGUCAUAACAAUAUGGGUCAACCUCGCCCAACUAACCAUCUCUAUCUAUGACCACCAUUUAACGUAAAAUCAAAUAUUUGACCCACAACACAAUUACUUGCAAUACAAACUACUCAAAUCCAGUCCAAUUAUUAUCAAAGGACGUACUAAUUUGGGUCAUGAGAGAAUCCCAGUAACCGAUCUAUCACCAUCAGGCCAGCCCAUCGAUAUGACUUCCAUUCUUCACAUUUGAUUCUUAGUGUCAACCUUUUCCAGUCUCCAACUUUGAGAAUGUUUUUCUUCAUCCCAACAAAUAUGAAUAUAUAUGCCGCCAUGGACUGCAACAAUGGAAUUUGCAUUAUUGAUUCUCGAGUGGGUUUCCGUUGAAUCCAUCCAGUAAGUACUCCUCCCUUAGUUUUCCCCUUUUUACUGUCUCAGUAGUGAUGUCGCAAAGCCGCCUGACCAACAUCCCUUGGGAAAAACCAAAAUUGUCAGUUCAAAGCUUUGAACAUGAAAAUGAUCAACUUCUCUUCUUGACUGCAAAUUUUUACAGCUGGUUUUAGUUGCUGGGUUUAAAUUGUGGUUUUGUAUAGAGUUCAAGACCAAGAUGGAAAAUAAUAAAUAUAGAACAUGAAUCAUGUGCCCAGGUACAACAACUGUAGUUGAACUUUCAAAUGGUCAUGUAACCAUUCUGGGAUUCCAAUGAUAUGUUGUGCACGCAGGAGUUGGACUGAAAUUUCUACAAUCUGGUUUAGAAAGAUAUAUAUGCCAAACAUAUUCAUAAGGAUCGAGAGAGGAAAAGUCAUGGGAAAUUUCCAUCCUGAACUACUGGUUUUGUGACCAUGGAAGUUAUCUUCAGUAUCAAUUUCUUGGUUUCGUUGCAUUGAUUAGUAUUUUUCCCCUUGCUAAUUAGUUUUAUUUUGGAAAUCAUAUAGGAAUAUGCUUUAUAGAAAAAGUCAAUUGUAGGGUAUUUUGCACUAAAAUUAUAGUUUAAUGAUGGUUCAAGUGUUUCAUACAACUAAAAUUGUUAUCAGAUUUGGGUUCGUAUUCGGUAUUUCUGGUCCACGGAGAAAUCUCGAUGCUAAAAGAUUUUUUUGUGAUAAACGUAAUUAUUUUUAUUGUUAUAUGCUACUUAUCGGUUUCAAACCUGUGAAACUAAGGUUGAAAACUAGUGGUAGAUAGUAGAUAGUACUACACUCAUUUGUAAGUGGAUCGAUUAGCUAUCGACUACAACAUAUAAUUAGUUAUGGACUAUGGAAUUUGGUCACUAUGUAGUACGUACCGUAAAUCUCCUGGACUGAAUUAAUCUUAUGGAUUAUCUAUGGGGAAAAAGAACUACUAAGGGUUUCCAAAGACUAAAUUUUGUGUUCCGAUGUUGUUUUCUCACUUUCGUUUGCAGGUUGCUGAGUGGGAUGACAUACCUACCAACCGAGGUGUAUGUCGUUACUCAGGGGGCUCAGGGGCCAGGGGCCGAGAGGAUGUUCCGUUGGGUGAGUUUGUGUUGUUUGUGGAUGGAGCUACGACGCCUGGUUCUCAUGGAGCGGGGGGUUGGGCUCUUAAGGACCCCACGGGUAUGGUGGUGGCAUCAUCGACAGCAUUGUAUGUAGGGAUAUCAGAGACGGCUCUUGUGGAACUUCUUGCCUUCCGGGAUGCGCUUCGAUGGUGUUUGGCGUACGGGUGGCAUUCGAUGAUGCUCUUGAGGAAGAUUCGGGAUGGUGAGGUAGCUAAUGUCCACCGGGGUACGCUUUUGGAAGAGAUUCGAUACGAGACUUGUUCCAGGAGUUUCGGGUUAUUUUUGUGGGUCGGGAUUUUAACAGGGUUGCCCAUUUGGUGGUAAGAAAAGCCCUUUUGUUGUCCUCUUCUUUGGUGGGGUUCAAUUUUGUUUUUUGGUUGUUUUCAGCUAUGUGACUCUUUUGUAUAUGACUGUUUUCUCGAUAAUACGAGUGAUCUUUUGGAGGAAAAAUUCCAUUGGGCUUUCCGUAAGAUUAUGUGGAAGUUCUGCUUGGGCAAGAGGUAGAUGGAAGGCUUGUGCCUUACGCAAAAGGGUGUUGAACGCUGUGCUCGGUCGCUGGAUCUCUAAAUAAUCCUUUUGGGCCUUGGGCCUAGGGCCUAAUUGGUUCUAAUUCAACUGGCCUACGACAGGCCAACUCGUACCACGGAUGCUGAGUUUGUGGGGCAGUCGAUUUCGCAGCAUGGAGCUUGAAGAUCAACCAGUCCACAGAUGACAGAACCAGUCCAGUCGAUUGAGAAAAACUUCAGUCUUGCUCAUACGAAACGCCACAGGUUUAGAAAGAUUUCUCAUGUUACUUUCAGGAAGAAGGUUUUUCUGUAUCACCUCAGGAAGAAGUUUCGAAAUACACUGGGAACUCGAUUUCGAGUAGAAUCUUUUGCAAAGGAAGCUACACAAUGCUCCUCUUAUACUCUAUAAUCUUAAAAAAGAUCUUACAAGACAACUAUGAACGCAAAAGAGAUUAUUGAUUCGACUGCUAGAAGGUAUUGUUUGUCAAAGCUUACAACAUGCUAAAGAAGAAGUACAACAAUUUCCAUGUUUUAGGGAUCGGCAGCUAUAAUGGAGUUUGGCAACAUCACUUCUUCAUUAGGAGAACGACGGUAUGGGCUGCAAUACUUCUGUUCUCCCCCAGACUGUCGACCUUCUCGUGGGUUUUGGCCUUCAAGUUCACAGCAGCUGGGUCUGCUCCUAGCAGUUCACACAAGUUGGCCCUGAUGGCUUCUUUGAACGGGCUCAGUUUCGGUCGUUGAAGGAUCAAGGUGGCAUCCAAGUUUCCAAUCUCAUAACCGGCCUCGUGCAUCAGUCUCACCUGAGAUAGAGGCACGAAAUGGAGGGGUAAGGCUUUCUUUUGUAAUGUGGAUCUAUCUGUGCCUAGUAUGCUUCACACAACAGCUAAAACCAUGAUGCAUAGCAAAUAUGUGAAGCAGCCACCAAAGUAGCCAUUGCUCCAUAUCCGACUUCAAACGUUUGCAAACCAACCCAACAAGACUUCACUUGAGAUGGAUAAUAAUGUUUCCCUAACUUGAUUUAUGUAACUAUAAUGUCAUUCUAAUCAGAAGUUCUGUGACGAUUAUGAAGUAUAACGAAAAAUGCACAAACAUGCCUGAUUGCCAAGAAAACUCGAAGACUAUUUAACGUCAGAUACACAGUCAGGAUAUGAUGAUAUGUGUCUCGAAUUUAGCUUUGUAGCUCUUAAAAACACAUUGAAAGCGCAUCGUGAAGGGGACGCAGGAGCACUUAUAUCUACUGCGACGACAAUUCAACAACAGGCCAUGGGUUUAUGAAUCUCCGUCGCUCAUUCUAACUUCAAGAACUCUAAGUCAAUCAAAAUCUUUCAAGCUGUGGUUGCAGCAUAUCAUAACAACAUAGAAAUCCAACAACUUUUAAGGCCAUGAAGAUAAAGCCUCAUCUUCUCU